AUGAAUACCCGACCACCGAUAGAAACGGCGCCUUCAACGGUGGUCUUAUCGGUAUCUUUCAACAGUGACGCCAGUUGCUUCUCCGUUGGCCUCAACUCUGGAAUAUGCAUCUUUCAUACUAAGUCAUGUCUUCUCAAGGCAUCCCGAGACUUCAACGCUGGCAUCGGCCUUGUUGAAAUGAUGGGAACCUCCAACUAUCUGGCCCUUGUCGGUGGUGGAAGACAGCCAAAGUACAGCAUCAGUAAAACCAUCAUUUGGGAUGAUAUGAAGGGUAGAGUUGCCAUUGAGAUAUCCUCCAUCACACCCGUGCGGGGAGUUCGUAUCGGCCGCAAUCGCAUAGUGGUAGCGCUCCAGAACAGCGUACGUGUCUACUCAUUCGCGAAGCCGCCCGAUCUCCAAUCGGUGUACGAGACCACGGACAACCCCCUCGGUCUAUGUUGUAUGUCAGAAAAGAUAAUCGCAUUCCCCGGUAGAACGGUGGGCCAGAUUCAGCUCGUCGACAUCGGCACCGGCAACGUCAGCAUUAUCCCCGCCCAUUCUUCAGCCCUCAAGGCCAUCCAACUUAGCCCAGACGGUGAAUUGUUAGCCACAGCAAGCGAACAAGGCACGCUGGUACGAGUAUUUGCGACAAGCAACUGCGCCAAACUUGUCGAACUGAGACGCGGCGUGGAUCCUGCAACCAUUUUCUCUUUAGGCUUCAGUCCAGAGGGCACGAAACUUGCGUGCACGUCAGACAAGUCUACACUCCAUGUGUUCGAUGUACCGCACCCCAAGAAGCCUGCGACAUCACCGACAAGCCCAUCUGCAUCAAUGGCAGGAUCGGGCAUCCUCGCCGGCAGACCAGGAGACGAUGGCAAGGGUAGAUGGGGGUUUUUGGGAAAGAUUCCCUUAAUGCCACGGAUGUUUUCAGAUGUGUAUUCCUUCGCAUCUGCACCGUUCGAGGCUGGCGAUGAUCCUCUCAUUGGUGGUCUGCCUCUAUCAGAGCAGACUACAUUAGGCACAACAAGACCUCAAAAGGGUAUCAUUGGAUGGAUUAACGAGGAAAGCUUGGUGGUUAUUGGCGCUGGUCAGGACGCUCGCUGGGAGAAGUUCGUCAUAACUAAGGGCGAAGACGGGCGCCGGUAUCUUGUUCGAGAAGGUUGGAAAAGGUAUUUAGGUAGCGCCUCAUGA